GCCCAACAGUCGAGCACGCACGGAACCGAACCAACCACCUCCAUCAGCCAGCCGCCAGCCUCCAGCCUCCAGCCGCCAUCCUCUAUUCGAAUCUGCCACCCCAUCGCCAUCAUCCUUGGCAGUCAGUGCCCGAACCCAACCCCUUGUCAAGUGUAUCGCCAGCAUCCCGGCAGCAGAAACAGAAUCAGAAGCAGCAUCAGAAUCAGAAUCAGCAUCCGCAUCCUUGCCGCGACCCGGGACGGCGCCCCACAGCGAGGCAAGCUCACUCGCGUGUUGCCGCUGUGCCGCCACGUCCUCCUCCACAUUCACAUCCACAUCAACAUCCACACCAUCGACUCGGAGGAAGACGUCACCGACGACAAUGGCUGCAUAUGCGCAGUUUGGAUACGGCGGUUACCCGACGGCAAAUCAGUUGACGGCAGCUAACACCGACAGCCAGAGCGGCCAUGGCGGAGGAUCGCCGCUGUCCGGGACCAAUGAGGCUUCCCUGAGUCCGUCGGGGGGCUCGACCACAACCGGCCUCACCACAGGCCCCCUGAGUCCAGGUGCCGUCUCGCAGUCGUCCAACAAUGCGGGCCCCAAACUCAUAUCCACUUCCCCGACGCUGGGAGACGCUGCGGCGGCUGGCAGUGAUGUGGGGGCUGGCGGCAAUGUCACAGCUGCGGAUCUCCAGGGCCGCCGAUCCGAGGGCAUGUCCUGCUGCGAGAACGGACGACCAAUCAUCACGGAUCCCGUUUCCGGGCAGACCGUCUGCUCCUGCCAGUACGAUCCAGCGCGCCUGGCGAUCGGCGGCUACUCCAGAAUGGCCCUGCCCUCCGGCGGCGUGGGAGUUUAUGGCGGGCCAUAUCCAUCCAACGAACAGAAUCCGUAUCCCAGCAUUGGCGUCGACAACUCGGCCUUCUACGCACCUCUGAGCAAUCCCUAUGGCAUUAAGGACGCCAACGCCAGCACCGAAAUGAAUGCCUGGACCUCAGCUGCAGGGCUGCAGUCCACGACCGGAUACUAUUCGUACGAUCCCACAUUGGCCGCCUAUGGGUAUGGGCCGAACUAUGAUCUCGCCGCACGGCGCAAGAACGCCACGCGAGAGUCAACAGCGACUCUGAAGGCGUGGCUGAGUGAGCACAAGAAGAACCCCUACCCGACCAAGGGCGAGAAGAUCAUGCUGGCCAUCAUCACCAAGAUGACGCUCACCCAGGUCUCCACGUGGUUUGCGAAUGCGCGACGUCGCCUCAAAAAGGAGAACAAAAUGACGUGGGAGCCCAAAAACAAGACCGAAGACGAUGACGAUGGACUGAUGUCGGACGAUGAAAAGGACAACAAGGAUGGUGCAGGCGAUGGUGGCAAGCUGCCAGCUGAAGUUUUUGAUCCCAGCAAUCAACUUAUCAAAUCCGAGCUAGGAAAGGCGGAAAAGGACCCGGAUGUCGAGCCAAAGAUGGAGCGGGAGAGGGAGCGUGACCCGCCGCCCCACAAUCUAGUGGCAAUGCGUGGCCUGGCACCCUACGGUGCCCCGCCGAUGCACGCCGCCUACAAUUCCUAUGCGCACUCGCAGCACCAGCAGCAUCUGGAGCAGCAUCUGGAGCAGCAUCCGCAUUCGCAGCAGCACCACCACCAGCAGCAGCAGCAGCAGGUGGCGGCACCAUACUAUCAUUCGGGCUACGGCCAGGAUGACACCAGCGAAUAUGCGGCUCAAAAAAACCCGCUAAGCAGAGACUGUGGCAUACCAGUGCCGGCGAGCAAGCCGAAAAUCUGGAGUGUGGCCGACACAGCCGCCUGCAAGACGCCACCGCCAACGGCAUACCUCGGCCAGAAUUUCUAUCCCCAAGCGCCAGCCUCGGAGCAGCAGCAGCAUCUGCAGCAGCACCUGCAGCAGCAGCAGCAUCUCCACUCUGUGGGCCCCCAGUCCCUGGCUAUGCAGCCGAGCAGCAUGAGGAUGGGGGGGCCGCAAGUCGAGCUCGGUUCGCCGCUGAGUAUGAUGAGCAGCUACGCCGGCGCAUCGCCAUAUUCGCGGAUACCUACGGCGUACACCGAGGCCAUGGGCAUGCAUAUCGGGCACGGCAAGAUCCCCCAUACCACCACCCCCCACCCCCAUCCAUACGGUGCACCGCGAGCCGCCGUAUCCAUCGGGGCCCAGCAGCCAGGCGAGAGUGGGUGUGGGGUUUUCCGAGAUCCAGCCGGAUACACCGCCCCAGACGCCGCCCACUAUGAAGCUGGGGGGCCACCACCACAUCAUCAGCAGCAUCAGCAGCAGCAUCAACAGCAGCAUCAGCAGCAUCAGCAGCAGCAGCAACAGUUCUUCGAUGCAUUCCGUGCCCGGUCCGGCACCGGUGACGGUGGCUUCCAUGGUCAACAUUUUGUACAAUAAUCACAGUACCGCAGCGGAGCAUAAUGCUGCGUACAUGAGUAGUGGGGCAGCCUAUCUAACGGAGAGUCGUGCUGGCUCGUAAUGUG